AUGAGGAAAGGAAACAACUUGGCCGUGUACCUGGUGAAUCUGUCCAUCUCAGACCUCCUCUAUACGGUCUCCCUGCCCGUAUGGACUGAGCUGGCCCUGGGUCGGCCCGUAGGGGACACCCUCUGUAGCCUGGUGCCUGUGGUGAUGUACAACAGCUUCUACACCGAGUCUGGUCUCCUCUGCUGCAUCUCAGUGGAUCGCUACCUGGCUGUGGUCUAUCCUCUCUACUUCAACUGGGUGCGGCAGGUGCGUACUGCAGUGGCAGUUUGCGCUGCAUUGUGGUGUGUAGAACUGUCUAUCCACAUCUAUCUUCUUCACCAAACGGGGGCGCUGCAGGACUUCUCCUCCAGGCGGCUGUGUAAGGAGGGUAUGCCCACGGCCCAGGCGGACGCCCACAUUGCUCUGACCCGGGUGGCUCUGGGGUUCCUGCUCCCCCUUCUCAUCAUGAUCUUCUGCUUCCAUCAGAUUGUUUUGGCACAGCGCGACAGUGCCUCCUUGCUGGCCCGGGAGCGGAGGAAAGUCAGCCUCCUGUUGCUGCUCCUCCUGGUGACAUAUGUGAUGGCCUUCGCCCCCUUCCAGGCUGUUAUGUUCCUCAGAGGGGUGCUGGAGCAGUGA